UGGCCAAGUCAGAUCUGGGAGGGGCUGUUCGGGACCGGCAAGGAAGGCGGCGGGAUGAGCGACGGGUCGGGGGAGCCGGCUGCGGAGGCCCUGCCUGUUACCGGAGAAGGGAUCCGAAUCGUGGUGGAAUACUGCAAGCCCUGUGGCUUUGAAUCUGCCUUCCUGGAGCUAGCAAGUGCAGUGAAAGAAGAAUAUCCUGAGGUGGAGAUUGAAUCCCGGCUUGGGGGGACAGGUGCUUUUGAGAUAGAGAUAAAUGGGCAGCUGGUCUUCUCCAAGCUAGAGAAUGGAGGAUUUCCUUAUGAGAAAGAUCUCAUUGAAGCCAUCCGGAGGGCCAGCAAUGGGGAGCCGCUUGAGAAGAUCACCAAGAGUCGGCCGCCUUGUGUCAUCCUUUAGCCCUUCUCUCUGUAAUUCUGUCUCUGGGUCCUCCACCCACCCCUCCUUCAUUCUAGCCCUCUUUGCCGCCACCUGUGCUUCAAGGUUUAAUUAUCUUGCUAGGUGGGUAUGUGGAAGUGAUGUCAAGGUAAUUUUGUUUGCUGAUACACAAAGAGCCUUAUAAGCAAAAGUGUGGGCCAUCUGAAGGGUCUUAGUCCAGGUGGGACUAAACAAGUUGGGUCGGUCAGCCUUGUCCCUGCAGAGACACCACCAUGAAACCGCUUUGCUAUUUCUAGGGACCAGUAUGGAUUUUGUCUUAAUUUGACUCUCUACUUCCUUCUGAUACUUCUCCUGGCAUUAAGAGCUCAUUCUGGGACAUCAGCUCUCCCCCCACUCCUUUAAUCAGGAGCAGAAUGAGCUAAUAUCUUGGCCUUUCCUCACUAGGAGGUCUGAAGUGCUGGAGUAAAGCUCGGUAAAACUCUAGACAGCAUCCCUGUCUGGAUAGGAUUCGUUCUAUGGAUAAAGGUCUAGAGAGAGAAUCAGUGUCCCUUACGUCAGCGCUCCACAGCGGUGAACCUUCAUUGCUGGCAUGAUGUGAGCAGAAAUUCCCACAAAAUUGCUACAGCUGUAUUUUCCUACCACCAGUCCACUGCCCAUAUGUGGCUGUAAUCUGGAGACUUGCCUUAGCUGAAGGCCAAAUACUCACUUUUCAGUAUGAAGCCCUGCCAAGGUGACCAAUAAGAUGUUCCAUCAUGGGAUAGGUAGGAUUUACUGUCAUCCCACCCAUUUUUCACAGUUAGUCUUGCUCUUUUGUUGUAAAAUUUGUAUAAUCACAACAGCUGUAGGGGCAGGGCAAGGCAGCAACAAUGGGCAGGAUUUGUGGUGGAUCAUUCAGUAAGGAUCUCCCCAGACCAGACCCUUCACAAAGAAGAGGAUGGGGCCAAGCACAUGGCUUAUAAGCAGUUACUCAGCUAUACCCUGGGAUUCACCUGCUGCUUAUAGUACAACCGCUUUGCAAAUAUAUAUUUUUUAAAAUUAAUAUUUAAAUCUCGGGCAUGAUCCAACCCAAUUUAAACAUCGUUCUGUCUCAUGGAUUUUAGUAAGUAAGAAUGGAGUAAUUCCCCCACUGAAAUAAUUCAAACUAUUGAUUUCAUAGUAUUUAAUUCUGGACAAAUUAUGCUCCUCCCCCCCCUUUUUAAAACUUGCUUUCUUGUGGAUACUAUCCAGAAUUAGAUGCUAAACCCCACAUCUCCUCAUCCCUCAGUCACCAUUUCAUACAUUUUGUAUUACUAGAUGUAUCGGUGCACUAUUGUGUUACCUCAUCUCUGCAAACUGCCAAUGAAAUGCAGCAGUGGGGAAACUUUCAGCACAGUGAUAGUACAUCCUACAUUUAGUAUUGCCAGACAUAAAUGUGGUAGGGAGGAGGCAGCCACGGGUGCAUGGGGAGGGCAGUUAUUGUGGUGACAACUGUGCAUCCCCCUCCAUCUAAAAUCAACCUAAGUGACUGACAUGUAUUUUGUUCCUCCACCCUGUUCUCCUUGAUUUUAUCAUAGUUUUAUUUUGUUACAUUGUAACUCUGAACAUCCAUUUGGUCUAAGUAGUGCUGCUAACUAUGAUUGAGAUAGACACACGGCUCGUGGGGAGCAGCGGCACUGGAGGAUAAGAAGCUGGUAAAUAAUGCUCCUGCUCCCCUCUGGCGAAUGUACAUGCUGUGAAUGUGGAUGAUGAAAUCUGUACAAUAUAAUAUGUAUAAAAAUAAAAGGUUCGAUGCUU